UUAAGGCGCAGCAAGAUGGCGACCGAGACUGUGGAGCUGCACAAGCUGAAGCUUGCUGAACUAAAGCAAGAAUGUCUUGCUCGUGGUUUAGAGACCAAGGGAAUAAAACAAGAUCUUAUCAAUCGGCUGCAGGCGUAUCUUGAAGAACAUGCUGAAGAGGAGGCAAAUGAAGAAGAUGUACUGGGAGAUGAGACUGAGGAAGAAGAACCAAAGCCCAUAGAACUGCCUGUUAAAGAGGAAGAACCUCCAGAAAAAACUGUUGAUGUGGCCUCAGAAAAGAAGGUGGUAAAAAUUACAUCUGGAAUACCUCAGACUGAAAGAAUGCAGAAGAGGGCUGAACGAUUCAAUGUACCUGUAAGCUUGGAGAGUAAGAAGGCUGCGCGGGCAGCUAGGUUUGGAAUUUCUUCUGUUCCAACAAAAGGUCUGUCAUCUGACACCAAACCUAUGGUUAACCUGGAUAAACUAAAGGAAAGAGCACAGAGAUUUGGUUUGAAUGUCUCGUCCAUCUCUAGAAAGUCUGAGGAUGAUGAGAAGCUGAAAAAAAGGAAGGAGAGAUUUGGGAUUGUGACAAGUUCAGCUGGAACUGGAACCACAGAGGACACAGAGGCCAAGAAAAGGAAAAGAGCAGAGCGUUUUGGGAUUGCAUAAUGAAAAGUUCAUGCUUUCUGCCCCAUAGUGGUUUCCAUUUCUCAAACUCUUGUUGGUUUUUAUACACACACCCUACACACAGUCAUGUGCCUCACAGUGAGGAAGUGUGUGCCUUAGAUAGGUACAUCCUUAAAUUCCAGCAGCAGUUUGAUUUAACUGCUACUCUGCAUUAAGGUUGUUAUAUUUUUGUUUUUAAUUAUUUUGCUUAUUAAUAAAAAGAGAAAGAAAAGAGAACAUGUGUUUUAUUAGGUGCUCCUUUAAAUUCCUAGAGCCAGCUUAGAUCACACAGGAAAUGUCAGUGGCAAAUAUUAGGGGGAAUUAACUGCAAUGCCUUUAUCCCCAUAGGAAAGAAGAUAAGAAGAUUGAGCCUACCUUUUAAGCUUCUUUCUUCUCUUCUUUAUACUCAGAGAUAUGCUUUUAUUUAUUUUUCAUGAUGAGGCCAAGUCAUCCAAAGCUUGAAAUAGCCAGGUGUUGGUGGCACCUGCUUCUAAUCCUAGCACUCAGAAGGCAUAAGCACGUGGAUCUCAGAAUUCAAGGCCAGCCUAGUCUACAAAGUGAGUUCCAGAACAUAGAGCUAUCUAGAGGGCUACAUAGAGAAACUCUGCCUUGAAAAAGCAAAUAAAUAAAUAAAUAAAUAAAUAAAUAAAUAAAUAAAUAAAUAAAUAAAUAGAGGUUGACAUAACCCCUUGAGAUAAUAUGGAGGAAGUGCGGGAGAUUUUAGGGAAUGUAAAGAGUGACUGAUAGUCUUCUGCUUUAAGUUAAGCUUGGCUGGAUAACAUAGGAUCCAAAUGGUCUGACAUGGUACUCUCUGAUUAGAGCAGAAGUCAGUGUAUGGGAGCUUGGUGGUUAUAGCUCAAGAAGGCAAGUGGAUUGGCCAGGUAGUAGAAUAGAAAUCCAAAGCAUGGCUGUGUGUCAUAGGUACUAAGUAUUGUUACCUAGGUCAUUGGGCCAUAUGUAGAACAAGAUGCCUGGUUUUCGUUUGCUCCCCUAUCCCAGUACUGGGGAUCAAACUUGGCCUUGUACCUGCUGGGAAAGCACUUUACACAGUGGUCCCAGCCAUGCCUGCACUUUCUAAGUGGGGCUUCUGGGUUAGUUUGUCCUCUUCUGUUGCGGAAUGCUAUUGCAGCCACAGCAGCGAUGCCUUAGAUAUCACUAAAAUUUACUUUCCUUUCUGAGUCACCUAAGGAGGAAUCGUUUGGUUGUCUAAGCAGACUGCUUGUUUCUCUAAGUUAUAUGUAGAUCUGAAACCUGCUACUUAGCCUUUUUGAUAAGUUAAUAGAACUCCCCUCCCUACAUCCUUUUUUUUUUACCUACUGGCCUGAAACGUGCUGUAUCGACCAGGAGGCCUUGAGUCAACCUUCUUAGAACUGUGAUUACAAUCAGGCACCACCACACCUGCAUGGGUUUCUCAUUUCAGUCUCUAUAUUUCCAGAUCAAUAAAUGCUUGGUUUUGGAGA